AUGAACAAGGCACGUGCGAUGCUGGAUGCCCUCAUGGGCCCACAGCGGGACCAGAAAAAAGAUGAAAAUGCGGAAGAUUGGAAGGACAAAAGCAUCUGCAAAGGCUUUCUUAUUGGCUUCUGUCCCUUCGACAAGUCCGUUGUGGGCGGCAAGCGGACGAUCGAGCCCUGUGACAAAAUCCACUCGGAGAUUAUCCGAGAGAAGUUCGAAGCCCACAAAGAUGGCAAAGAGGGCAGUGAUCUGAGAAUCAAGUACGAGGAGUACUCGAUUCGCGACUUGGAGUUUGCCGUCCAGGAGUCCGAGGCCUACGGACGAAGAGAGGUGGAGCGCUUGCGGAAAGAACCCAGGUCCAAGGCGCUGCCCGCUGAUGUCAACCAGAAAAUCUCACAGAUGAAGCGGGAGAGCACGAACUUGGCGCAAAAGUCGGCUGCUCUGGAGGACUGCGAGGCCCGCAAGAAGGAAGAGCUCAUGAAGCAGUCCGAUGAUCUCUUGGAAGAAGCGAAGAAGUAUGAGAAGGAGGAGGAAGAGAAGGUCAAAGCGAACUUUCGUCCCCUUGCUUGUGAGGUGUGUGGAACUGCAUACAUCAGCAAUAAUGAAGGAGAAUAUGAAGCACAUCUGAGAUACAAGGUGCACAACAGCUACGAAGAGAUCCGCGCCCGACUCAAGGAGCUCAAAGCAAAACAGGCAGAGCGCGAGAAGGUCAUCAAGGAGAAGAAGGAGGAAGAGCGCAAGAAGAAGAAUGAGGAAUACGCCAAGAAGGUAGCAGAAGAAGAAGAGAAAGAGGCUGGCUGUUGA